GUUAUAUGCCCUGGCAGAUCGGCUCCGCAGCUUUGUAGCUGACAUCUUCAUUCCCCAGUACCACUAUCCGUUUGCUGUACCAAUCACCUUUGUACAGGUGCUGAUGACUCUGUUAUACUUGCUGGUCCUCCAUGCCGUGGGCCUGGCACCACUGAAGCCCUACUCUCUGUCUCUGGGAGAGCGCCUGCUGGUGCCCUCUAUCUGUGGGAGUGCCCAGGCUGUGCUGGGUGUGUGGGCAGAGGCCAGUGCCCACUCUGGCAUGUACCCACUCACCAUGGGCCUGCUGCCCCUGCUCUGUGUGGGCUGGAGCCAUGGCCUACAACUGGCACUACUCCCGUCAGUCCACCUAACGGGCCUUAUCACAGUCAUCACUUUCACCUCUGUCACUAUCACAGUGUCUCAGGGUGUCCCGUCAGUGGAGGUUCUGGAGUGUCUCUACGCCCCACUGGCCCUCCUUCUCCACAGCCUCUCUCUGACCUGGCUGGCCAAGGUGGCUGAGAACGAGCACCGGCGCCACAUCAGCUCCCACACCUCGCCCUUUGACCUGUACUUCACCCUGAUGGUGAACCAGAGCCUGGUGCUGGGCUUCCUGUGUCUGCUGCACCCGGAGGGCCCCCGGGCACUGGGCGAGGGUAGCUGGCAUAGCCUGCUAUUCAUGGGGUACCUGCUGGCCAUACUGCUGCUGGGAGCGCUACAGAAUCUCUUGGUCAACAUGGCCGCUCUGGCCUUCUCACCGCUGGCUGCAGCACUACUACACACAGCAUGUGGAUUAACAAGACCUUUGUACAGCCUGUUGUAGAGAUCCAACAUAGAGGAGGAUGAAGUUGAUCGUAGAGACUAAUUAGUCUGAAGUCAGUUUUGCAUUCCUCCUAAUGAUUAAAGGGAGGAUUUGUCAAGGAUAAUCUGAUCCUAGAUCUGUGCCAGGAGCAGGAUACAUAGCUUUACUACAGAGCAGUAUUAUUCACUCUAGGAGCAAGACUUCAACUCCCAUGGUGCAUCGCUUGGGA